UCAAGAUGAUAUCGCAUACAGGACAUCAUUAUAUAAAUCUGCUAGGUACACAGAUCUGCACGAGAAUUGGCCAUUUCUUUACAGGAGUCGAGAACGUGCAAUUAGCGUCGUCAGGAUGGCCAAGCCGUACAUUUUGCUGCUGAGUUGUCUUGCUUUGUGUCUGCAGUAUGCUUCGGCUUUAUCUGGGUUUGAAGCCGGUUGUCUUGCCGAGCACAACAAAUACCGUGUGAAGCACGGCGCGUCUCCUCUACAAUGGGACAGCACACUAGCUGCGCAUGCGCGAGCUUGGGCCAGCAAACUCGCUUCUGGUGCUGUCCCCCCUGGAACACACGACAUGGAGAGCGGAGAGGGCGAGAAUAUCGCGUGGGCGGAAAGCCAGGAGAUCACGUGUGAGCUUGCAGUCCAAGCGUGGAUGGAUGAAUUGAACAUCUACAAAAGCGAUGGUUAUUGCGCCAACCCGCCCUCUAUGCCCGACCACAACGUGAUGCAUUUCACGCAGAUCGUAUGGAAAUCGACGACUAAAGUGGGCGUGGCCAAGGUCGGGGUGUGGCUUGUGGCGCGUUACGACCCCCCUGGCAACUGGGGCGGUGAGUUUGGAUCGAAAGUCCAGUGCUAAGGCGGUAUGUGCUGCGCCCGAGAAAGGAACAGAGCUAUGGUUAUAUUAGUGGAUUGAUCUAUUAAAUUCAUCAUGGAAUA